AUGAAAGCAACGAUUACUAAAUCAAAAACGCUAUUUUCUUCCGGGAUGAAAACAGGAUCAAAGCAACUUAAGAACAGGCUUCAGCUGGAAAUCGAUCGGCCAUUUGACAGACUUCCCGACCUCCAGACCCAAAGUUUCUGUCCAACUCAGCAAUCUGGCGAGUCAAUGACUGCGGGUCGUUCCAUAGGAUCAAUCCAAUCCAAGACGUGGGUAUUAGAAAAUUCGUCAACAUCAGAGAGUACUAACCAUUUCCUAGGCAAUACGACACAGAAAUCGCGUGCAAAGGAACUCUACAAUGUUAAGGUCGUGGCUACAUUCCGGUUCGCUGUUGACCGCGAAAUAGAAUCUGUUUUUCCCGGGUUUGACGGGCGAUCUUGGCUGGUUUGUGCUGGCAGCACCGAGGCACGACUGGUUGACCAUGCAGGGGAUUUCGACUCGAGACGGUCCAUUAUUUUGGAUAAGUAUAUUUACAUAAAUGAUCUGGUCACCACUUUGGAUAAGACGCGGACUCUGGUAUGCUGUUCGGACCAGUCAAUCCGCCAAGUCCACCAUGGCAAUGGUCAUUGUGACGUGAUGUUUCGGACACGUCAUUACGCCACGAGCUUAUGCGAGUCCCGUGAUGCUGGCUGUAUACUCAUAUCACAUUAUCACGAAGGCAUGCUUAUCAAAUACAACAAAAACGGCCGGGCACUUCGCACGAUUAACCAUGACUGUGAAGGCAAGCGUUUGUUCCACUCGCCUACAAGCGUCAGAGUGAACACGACCAAUGGAGACUUUGCCGUGAUAGAGAGCUCCUGUCCACGUCAUGUUGUCGUUAUAGAUAGGAAAUUGCAAGUGCUAUGUCGAUUUGGCGGAUACGAGAUGCAGGCUUCAGCUGCUGAAAAACAAACAGCAGGUGGAUCGUUUGUACCGAGCGACAUCUGCUUCGACAAACAUGACAAUAUCUUGAUAGCGGACUCUGGUAACAAGACGGUGAUACUGGUUGACAGACAUGGAACGAGUACUCAUAUAAUGACAACGUGUGCGCUGGAACCCCGCCGUUUGGGCGUGGAACCAACUGGCCACGUGUGGACAGGAUAUCAGGACGGGACUGUCAAAAUCAUCAAGUACAAAAUACCAAAACGAUCUGAAAAGGACACACAACAAGCUGAAUAA